GUCGACCCCAGUACAAUCAAAAUGCAGAUGCUCGCGUCCUCCUCUCGCUCUGCCAUCCGGGCUUCGCGCCCCACCGGCUCCAGCCGGUCGUCGGUGGUGGUCCGCGCGACCGCUGAGGCGCCCGUCGUCGAGAAGAAGGAGCGCAAGCUGGGCCCUCUGGAGCGCGGUGGCACUCUGUCCGGCGACGCUGCUGCCGGCAAGGAUGCUGGCGACAAGGCCCGCGCCAUGGCGACUGGCGUCACUGCGAAGCCUGUGACGAUCCUCCAGAUUGUCGACGGCCGCUUCCGCGACGACCGCUGGAUCGAUGGCCGCUGGGACCUGAGCCAGUUCAAGAGCGCCAAGACUGGCGAGGUUGAUUGGGACCUGGUGAUUGACGCCGAGGUGGCCCGCCGCAAGCUACUGGAGGACAACCCCAUCCCGUCCAUCAACGAGGAGCCCGUCAACUUCGACACCAGCGAGAUCCCCUGGUGGGCCUGGGUCAAGCGCUUCCACCUGCCUGAGGCUGAGAAGCUGAACGGCCGCGCUGCUAUGAUGGGCUACGUGCUGGCCCUGUUCGUGGACUCGCUGUCGGGCGCUGGCCUGAUCGAGCAGCAGGAGUCGUUCCUGGGCAAGCUGGCCCUGCACGUGUGCGUGUUCGCCAUCCUGUUGGUGCGCACCACCACGGACCUUGACAAGUACAAGGGCCUGAUUGACGAGGCCACCUUCUACGACAAGCAGUGGAACGCCACCUGGGAUGGCGUGCGGCGGCCGUCGGAGGCUGCUGACCAGUAAGCAGCUCGACUGACGCGCUCGUGCGCAUCAACGUUUUUAACUCGUUUGACCAGUGGCGUGCUAACUGAUGUUGCGGUGUGUGUUCGUCGUUGUGGAGCAGGUGGGCCAGACGUGACAGGAAACUAAAAAUGCCCCCGCAUUCUUGGCUUCCAUGGGACGCUGCAAUGACGCGCUCGUAGGGUAUGACCAAAUCAUGACAUGUGACCUGUUGACCAAAGAACAGUGAUUGACCAGAGAAGAUGACCUUCGAUGGGGUUAGCAUGCAUGUUGCGCCCCAGACAUGAGUGAUUGAUGUGAGCGGCGAGCACGACGCGGCGGAGAUUGAGUGUGGAGCAGGGAGCGCAUGGAUGCGUCGGAAAAGCGAUAUAGAAGGCAGAUACGGUGAGAGGAAGAUACAUAGGGCUCAGACAGUCUCGGGAAAGUAAGCAGCCUUUUGAAGCUGCCCCGGUCGGCAGUCAAUAUGCACACUGUGCAUGCAUGUGUAAGCCAUUGUGGCUGUUCCGGAGCUUUGGAUCUGUUUCGGAUGCACAUUUCAGCACGAGGGGAGGCAAACUGGCACACAAGCUCGUUUAGGGGCGCAGUGCAUGGCAAGAGAAGAAGUGCUGCGGUAUGCAGGCUUCGCUGCGGACGUGAUCAGACGGUGAAGGGUGUAGUAGCAGCAGACAAGGGAAGAAUGGGCGGGGGACGCUUGGACGAAAGCCUCGGUUCAGAUUGGACCCCUGCGUGUGUGCCAGUUUCGCGUGUUUCGGACUCCGCACCCCCUUCCUCGCGUGGGCCCCUGUGGUGCUGUCCGGGGCCCCGCAACGCUGAACUUGUUAUUGCGGCGGCUGGGUGCCGUGGGGUUGAGGGGAUUUUGGCCCCUGUCAGUAUUCUUCCUGGCCCUCGGAGUGCCGGUACAGCCACGGCCCGCCCAACGCCAGGGCUCCCUGCUGCUGCUCAUGGCCCUGCCCUGAUUGCUGUACAAAGCUGUACAUAAAUCUGUUAAAGUAUGCAGCCAUGGCCGUAAGACGCUGUUGUCAUGGUCGAAUUUGAGCUGUCU